GGAAGUUUGACAGAUUGAAAAGAAAGCCGUCAUAUAUGUUAUGUAAUUUCUAAUAACUAUAUAUAUAACGUAAACCUCCAGUUUUAUAGAAACCAAGGCUUUUCCUUCUGUUCUUUCAGUUUCAAAGUCAGAUUUUUUUGUAAAUGUUCAAAGACAAGAGUCUGAUAACAAAACACCAAUAGACUACACAAGUUUUCUUUUCUCAACGUCGAUUCAAAUUCUUGUAAACCCCCUUUUUUUUUGGUCUUGAUUCUUUGAUUUGAGCUCCGGAAACGUGAAAGUUUGGAUACUGUUUUGGUGGGUUUUGGGAUUUGAUGGUAAUGGAGGGUGGUGAUAUUAUUAAAGCGAGUAAUAGUUUACGGGGAAGUUUACGAGCAGGAAGUUUAAGAGCCGGAAGCUCUUCGAUAUGGAGAAACAGUGCUGUGGACGUAUUUUCAAGGUCUUCACGAGAUGAAGAUGAUGAAGAAGCUUUGAAAUGGGCCGCACUUGAGAAACUACCAACUGUCGCUCGUCUCAGGAAAGGUAUAUUAACUGGCUCUCAAGGUGGUGCCAAUGAGGUCGAUGUUGAUAACCUUGGAUGGCAAGAAAAGAGGACUUUACUUGAGAGGUUGGUCAAAGUUGCAGAGGAAGACAAUGAAAGGUUCUUGUUGAAGCUCAAGAAUCGUAUAGACAGGGUUGGCAUCGAUCUUCCCACAAUCGAAGUCAGAUAUGAAAAUCUAAAUAUUGAAGCCGAAGCUUUUGUAGGAACCAGUGCUUUGCCUUCUGUUCUUAAUUUCAUUACUAGCAUAUUCGAGAACUUCUUGAUAGAUAUGGGUGUUCUUUCUAGUAGAAAGAAAAAGCUGACUAUCCUCAAAGACGUCAGUGGCAUCGUUAAGCCAGGAAGGAUGACAUUGCUUUUGGGUCCUCCAAGUUCUGGAAAAACCACUCUCUUGUUGGCUCUGGCCGGGAAGCUUAAUCCUGAUCUCAAGUUUUCGGGGUCUGUGACAUACAAUGGGCAUACCAUGAAGGAGUUUGUGCCUCAGAGAACUGCUGCCUAUAUCAGUCAACAUGAUCUUCACUUGGGAGAAGUUACUGUGAGGGAAACUUUGGCCUUUUCUGCAAGAUGCCAAGGUGUUGGAACCCGAUAUGAUAUGUUGGCAGAGCUAUCAAGAAGAGAGAAAGAAGCAAACAUUAAACCUGAUCCUGAUAUUGAUGUCUUCAUGAAGGCAGUAGCAACAGAAGGACAGGAAGCAAGUGUAAUCACUGACUAUAUUUUGAAGAUUUUAGGACUGGAUGUAUGUGCAGACACUAUGGUAGGAAAUGAAAUGUUGAGGGGUAUCUCUGGAGGACAAAGGAAGCGUGUCACAACAGGUGAAAUGCUGGUUGGACCUGCCAGGGCACUGUUUAUGGAUGAGAUAUCUACUGGUCUAGACAGCUCUACUACAUUCCAAAUUGUGAACUCCCUCAGGCAAACUGUUCACAUCCUUAAUGGAACUGCAGUCAUCUCCCUUCUACAGCCAGCUCCUGAGACUUACGAUCUUUUUGAUGACAUUAUUCUCCUUUCUGAUGGAGUGAUAGUAUAUCAGGGUCCUCGUGAACAUGUGGUGAGCUUUUUCGAAUCUAUGGGCUUCAGGUGCCCGGAGAGAAAAGGUGUGGCUGAUUUCUUGCAAGAGGUUACAUCAAGGAAAGACCAAAUGCAGUAUUGGGUACGUAAAGAUCAACCUUACAGGUUUAUCACUGCCAAUGAAUUUGCUGAGGCAUUCCAAUCAUUCCAUGUGGGAAUGAAACUUGGAGAUGAACUUGGGACUCCUUUUGACAAAACAAAGAGCCACCCAGCUGCUUUGACAACCCAAAAAUAUGGUGUUGGGAAGUGGGAGCUGUUGAAAGCUUGCAUCGCAAGGGAAUUUCUGCUUAUGAAGAGAAACUCUUUCGUGUACAUCUUCAAGUGUAUGCAACUCACAGUGAUGGCCUUAAUUACUAUGACACUCUUUUUUAGGACUGAGAUGCAUAAGGAUUCUGUUCAAGGAGGAAGAAUCUACAUGGGGGCCUUGUUUUUUGGUAUGACUAUGAUUAUGUUCAAUGGAAUGUCUGAGCUUUCUAUGACCAUUUCCAAGCUCCCUGUCUUUUACAAGCAAAGAGACCUCCUAUUCUUUCCGUCAUGGGCCUAUGCUUUACCAUCAUGGAUACUGAAGAUCCCUAUCACAUUUUUAGAAGUUUCUAUAUGGGUAUUUAUUACCUACUAUGUCAUCGGAUUUGAUCCGAAUGCUGAAAGGUUCUUCAGACAGUACCUCAUCCUUGUUCUCACUAACCAGAUGGCUUCAGGAUUAUUUCGGUCUAUUGCAGCAAUCGGUAGAAACAUGAUUGUUGCUAACACUUUCGGGUCAUUUGCUUUACUCGUACUUUUUGCAUUGGGUGGCUUCGUCCUGUCACGAGAGGACAUAAAGGGUUGGUGGAUAUGGGGUUACUGGAUUUCACCAAUGAUGUAUGGGCAAAAUGCAUUGAUGGCUAAUGAGUUCCUUGGGCACCAGUGGAAUCGAGUCCUUCCGGGUUCAAACGUAUCACUAGGAGUUGAAGUUUUAAAUUCCAGGAGUUUCUUCCCAGAUUCAUAUUGGUAUUGGAUCGGAGUAGGGGGAUUGAUUGGCUUCGUAUUUUUGUUCAACUUUGUCUUUACUGUGGCUCUUACCUAUCUAGCCCCCUUUGAGAAGAAUAAGGCCGUAAUAUCAGAUGAACCUGAAAGCGACGAUCAAGUCAAUGGGGUUGGAGUUGGUGGAAGCAUUCAGUUAACAAACCAAGAAAGCAGCUCAAGUCAUGUAAACAGAUCAGAGAUCCAAGAUGACAUUCAAAGAAGCACCUCAUCCAUGUCCUUUUCUAUGAGUGAUGCAACAGUUGGGGCCAACGGCAAAGGGAAAAAGGGAAUGGUUCUUCCAUUUGAGCCACAUUCCAUCACUUUUGAUGACAUUGUGUAUUCUGUUGAUAUGCCCCAGGAAAUGAAAGAACAAGGUGUCCCUGAAGAUAGAUUGGUGUUAUUGAAGGGUGUUAGUGGUGCUUUCAGACCCGGCGUUCUCACAGCUCUCAUGGGUGUUAGUGGUGCUGGUAAAACCACUCUGAUGGAUGUGCUUGCAGGCAGAAAAACUGGUGGUUAUAUCGAUGGGAACAUUACAGUUUCAGGUUUCCCCAAGCAACAAGAGACAUUUGCUCGAGUAUCUGGAUACUGUGAACAAAAUGACAUUCAUUCUCCUCAUGUCACUGUGUAUGAAUCCUUGCUUUAUUCCGCUUGGCUACGAUUGUCCAGUGAGGUUGAUGCUCAAACUAGAAAGAUGUUCAUCGAGGAAGUCAUGGAGCUUGUGGAACUGAAACCAUUAAGGCAUGCCCUAGUUGGUAUACCUGGUGUAAACGGUUUAUCAACUGAGCAGCGAAAGAGGCUUACCAUUGCAGUCGAGCUUGUGGCAAACCCCUCCAUCAUUUUCAUGGAUGAGCCAACUUCAGGGCUUGAUGCAAGAGCUGCUGCAAUUGUCAUGAGAACAGUUAGGAAUACAGUGGACACUGGAAGAACAGUUGUGUGUACCAUCCAUCAACCAAGUAUUGACAUAUUUGAAGCAUUUGAUGAGGUGAGAAACAUUUUUCAAAAAAAAAAAAAAAGAAGUGGCUCCAUUUUAGUUAGUUUUAUAUGUAAUAGUGUAACUAAGAUAAAAUUGCAACUGCAGCUAUUCCUUAUGAAGCGUGGAGGACAAGAGAUCUAUGUGGGGCCAUUAGGACACCAUUCUAGACAUCUUAUCAAAUAUUUUGAGGGAAUUCAAGGAGUUAGCAAAAUCAAAGAUGGCUAUAAUCCAGCUACUUGGAUGUUGGAAGUUACCUCAACAGCACAAGAGUUAUCUUUAGGCGUCGAUUUUGCUGAAAUCUACAAAAAGUCAGACCUAUACAGGAGAAACAAAGCUCUUAUUGAAGAUUUAAGUAAACCAGCUCCUGGUGCAAAGGAACUCUAUUUCGCAACACAGUACUCUCAAUCAUUCUUGACUCAGUGUACAGCUUGUUUAUGGAAGCAACACUGGUCAUACUGGCGCAACCCCCCAUAUACUGCUGUGAGAUUUCUCUUUACAACCGUCAUAGCAUUGAUGUUUGGGACAGUGUUCUGGGACCUUGGUUCUAAAACGAAAACAAUACAAGAUCUGUCCAAUGCAAUGGGUUCAAUGUAUGCUGCUGUUCUUUUCCUUGGUAUCCAAAACGCUUCUUCUGUGCAACCUGUUGUGGCGGUCGAAAGGACAGUCUUUUAUAGAGAAAGAGCUGCUGGAAUGUACUCUGCAAUGCCAUAUGCCAUUGCACAGGUGUUAAUAGAGAUACCUUAUAUUUUUGUUCAAGCUUCUGUGUAUGGCCUUAUAGUCUAUGCUAUGAUCGGGUUCGAAUGGACGGUUGCUAAGUUCUUCUGGUAUCUCUUCUUCAUGUUCUUCACCUUACUUUACUUCACCUUCUACGGCAUGAUGGCUGUUGCUGUCACACCAAACCAUUACAUUGCAGCCAUAGUUUCCGCGGCAUUCUACGGAGUAUGGAAUCUCUUUUCAGGAUUCAUCAUCCCACGACCUAGUAUGCCAAUAUGGUGGAGGUGGUACUACUGGAUUUGUCCGGUUUCUUGGACCUUGUAUGGAUUGGUUGUUUCACAGUUUGGAGAUAUAACACACAUGCUUGAAGACGGGAACAAUGAGACAGUGGAGCAGUACUUGAGAAAUUUUUAUGAUUUCAGGCAUGAUUAUCUGGGAUUAGUUGCUGCUGUGAUUGUUAGUUUUGCAGUUCUCUUUGGAGCAAUCUUUACUGUGUCCAUAAAGAUGUUCAAUUUCCAAAGACGUUAAACAAAUUUUUGGUUUAAAUAUUGUGUACAACAAAAUUCCAUAUUUGUAAUAUUAGAAUAUAUUAUUAGUUCCAAAAGUUGUAUGUUAUCUUGUAUUCAAAAUAUUUAAUUCCAAAUUUAUAUAUUCGUUACAACCUUCAAA